GAGUAGAGAGUUUAUGUACUCUUGAGAUUAGGUAUACCUUCGAAACUGAUGUUGUCCGAACUACAAGAGCUGUACCUGCUCGCCGAAACCCCAUUUCAUCAUUUCCGAAGAUUGAAGAAGAAAGCUUUCUCUAAUCAAACAGUCUGAUUCACUUUCAACUGGUCGUGCGGUUCACGGCUUCACCCCCUCAAUUUCAAUUCUCAGAGGCUAGGGUUUCAAAUGAGCCGAGCUCAACCGGCUUUGCUGGUCCCGGUUUAAGCGCGAACCAUCUUCACGACAAUGUCAACGCCGAGGCACAUCGACUCGACGCCGUUUUUGGGGUCCGCCUCCGAUGAGCUCCGUACCCGCCGGUUUGCGAGGCGGCCGAGCCUGCGCGGAGCCGCGAGAUUCAUGCGGCGGGCCAGCGGCGGGGCGCGGCGGAUGCGGGAGUCUUCGGUAAGAGUGCGGGAGGCGGCGGCGGAGCAGCUGGAGGAGCGGCGGAGUGACUGGGCGUACUCGAAGCCGAUCGUGGUGCUGGACAUGGCGUGGAACCUCGCGUUCGUGGUUGUGGCUAUUACGGUUCUGGCGAUGAGCAGGCACGAGUCGCCGUCGAUGCCGCUGAGGCUGUGGAUCGUAGGGUACGCUUUGCAGUGCGCGCUCCACAUGGUGUGUGUUUUCGUGGAGUAUAAGCGGCGGCGGCGUUAUUUGAAUCAUCUGAUGCUUGGUGGUUGGAGUGGUGGAAAUUUGAACUUCACUUCGAAUUUGGAUCCAAACUCCAAUUCGAGUUCUGGAAGCGAGGCAGGGGAGUAUCGUUCGGCGCCAAGCGAGGAUGAUUGUGCCGCUAGUGUUGCAAAGCAUCUGGAGUCUGCAAAUACAAUGUUUUCAUUUAUUUGGUGGAUUAUUGGGUUCUAUUGGGUUUCUGCCGCUGGCGAAAGCUUAACCCAGGACUCCCCCCAACUCUACUGGCUUUGCAUCACAUUUUUGGCAUUUGAUGUGUUCUUUGUGGUUAUCUGUGUUGUUGUGGCAUGUUUGAUUGGUAUUGCCGUUUGCUGCUGUCUUCCGUGCAUAAUUGCAAUCUUAUAUGCUGUAGCAGAUCAGGAAGGGGCUGCUAAGGAAGAUAUUGAUCGAUUGCCAAAGUACAAAUAUCAAAGAAUUAGUGAUUUUGAGAAACUUAAUGGUGAGAUUCAAGAAUCAUUCGGGGGAAUAAUGACUGAAUGCAACACUGACAGUCCCAUUGAGCAUAUUCUUUCUGCAGAGGAUGCUGAAUGCUGCAUCUGCCUUUGUGCUUAUGAUGAUGGAACAGAACUGCGCGAACUUCCUUGUCGUCACCAUUUUCACUGUUCCUGCAUAGACAAAUGGUUGUACAUUAAUGCCACCUGUCCUCUCUGUAAGUUCAACAUACUGAAGAGCGAGAGCCAAAGUGGGAGCGAAGAAGUAUAGAAACCUGUGUCCUACAAUCGAGUGCAGACCUGUAAGCCUUUAUCUUCAUGUGUAUGUAUUUUGUGCAUAUAGGGCAGCCUUUGGUACUUGUGACUUACUGCUUGCUUGAGACUGGUUUGGUAACAGUGCUGCUAGCAAGGGUGCCUUGUGUGUUGUAGCAUUGUGUUGUUUUUGCAUACAUACAUAUAUCAGUUUGUAUAGGAGAAUCCACUCAUUCUGCAUUGUGUUUUAGAUGGUAGUUGUUCUCUGCCCUACUUCCAACAUUUAAUUUCUGGGAAGUGGCUGCCCUAAUGGUAUUUUGUUCCCUUUUAAA